GGAAGCAGAGACGGCGUCGUAUUGGGUUGCGAUAAUUGGGGCCGUACUGUGAAAGAUAGAAUACAACCCCCGAAUUUUAUCCAAAAGUCUGCCUCUGUGCUCUACUCACAGAAACCAAACCUCCUCAAAUGGCGUCGUCCCAACACCUCCUCCCCUCUUUCUCCUCACCCACCACCACUAAUCACGACUCCACCAGGUCUCACCUCCUCUCCUCUUCUCUCUGGGCCUCACCCAUCACCAUCAGCAGCUUCUCUUCCUCCCCCAAACUCUCCCCCCUUCUGCAAACCCGCCGCCGCCUCCGCGUCACCGCAAUGGCCCCACCCAAACCCGGCGGCAAAGCCAAGAAAGUGGUGGGAAUGAUUAAGCUGGCGCUUGAGGCCGGGAAGGCCACUCCGGCGCCACCGGUGGGUCCCGCUUUGGGUUCCAAGGGUGUGAAUAUCAUGGCUUUCUGUAAGGACUACAAUGCCAGGACUGCCGACAAGGCCGGUUAUAUCAUUCCUGUCGAGAUUACCGUCUACGAUGAUAAGAGUUUUACUUUCAUUUUGAAGACUCCACCUGCAUCGGUUUUGCUUCUUAAGGCUGCGGGAGCUGAGAAAGGUUCUAAAGACCCACAGUUAGAAAAAGUAGGGACGGUAACCAUUGACCAGCUGCGAACAAUUGCACAAGAGAAGCUACCAGACUUGAAUUGCACAAGUUUAGAGUCGGCAAUGAGAAUUAUAGCUGGCACCGCAGCUAAUAUGGGGAUCGAUAUUGACCCUCCUGUUCUCGAAAAGAAAAAGAAGGAAGUCCUGCUGUAAUCCUGCCAACAUUUUGAUUCCUUCAUUAGGCUUUAUAUGUACAAUCGUAUGUGUAGGCUUAUAGAGGAUUGAUGCAAGUCAGAAUGUAAUACUGGCCCCGCCAUUUUUUGUUGCUGGUAUAAAUUCUUAACCCAUAUUGCACUG